UGAGGAUUCCCCCCGGCAGCCAUUAACAUGUUUGUUUGUUGUAGGUACGGAAGUCAUAUUAGAAACGCGUGACAGAAAACAGGUACAGGACUUAGGACUUGAAUAGUAUCAAGGUCUCACUGAAGGUCACAUCAAGGUCGUACUGAAGGUCACAUCAAGGUCGUACUGAAGGUCACAUCAAGGUCUCACUGAAGGUCACAGGCUGCUGUGAACAUUCCAAGUUAGCCAUGGCCUGCUGAGUACUGAUGUUGAGGGGGGUGCGAGCAGUGAGGUACUAUUUAGUUCACCUCUCCCAUCAGGUCAUGCAGAACAUCAAAGAUUUCAAGCUCCAGUUCACAAUACAGUAUGUGGGCUACAUCCCCGAGAUCAUUCUCCUGGUGGCCCUCGGCCUGGGGCUGUACAUGCAGUGGUCUCACACCAAGAACACCGCCAUCGCCGUCAUCUCGCUGUUUGGACUCUUUGUGUUCGGAAUAUCCUGUGCCCUGCGGUACUACUUCAGCAUGCAAAGUGUCGGAAACGCCCUGUUCCACAUCUGGACUGGAUGCCUUGUUGGGAUUAUCGCCUUCUCUGAAAAUGAUUACGAUGAUGUGUUACAUGAAGUUAUGGAGAUGCUGUUCCUUACCAGUAUGGUGUCCAUGUGGUUCUGGAAUAUUUCGGGGAGGAUCAUGCAUUUAGUGAAGUUGGACGCAUGUAUACUGACUCAGUCAGAAGGUCUUGAAUCUCUGGGACUUGUCAUUGCCACCUUUGCAAUGGACACAUCUAAGGGGCUUCCCAUGUCCAUGUUGAUCGUUGCCUUCACCAUGCACCUCAUCGCAUUACGAAUGAAAUCUUUUCUUGGACUCAUCAGCUUCGUGAGUCUACUCUGUGUUGGAGUCUUUGUCUUCUUUCCUGGAUUCCACAUGUCCCCGAACAAAUACGCGCUGAUCUAUUUCAUCGGACGUCACUCAUUCCAGCCAAUCAUUGACUUUUAUUUCUCAGCAUUGACCACAAUUGAGCGAUGGAAGCAUUUUUUUAACAUGUCUAAGUUGCUUCGUUAUUUGAUUGUUCUGUUUGUGUUUGGCCUUGAUCUGGUCCUUGCUUCCUUGAUUGGGAUUCAGAGCUUCAACCAUAAGGAAUGGUUUGUGGUAGUGCCAGUUUUUGCAGUAUUUGCCUUCAUAUGGAUUUUGUUUCAUGUUAUUUAUUUCAUAUCUUGCUGGAAACUGAUGGGCAAGAUAACAGAAUGUAACCUGACAUAUAUAAGCCUAGCCGACGAACAACAAAGUUACAACAGAAUAAUGGCAUCCAAGGGUAUCCGCCAUUUUGGUCUGAUCUCGCACAGACUGAUAUGCCUUUCUUUAACUACAACGAUUAUUCUGACGGGUAUUGGAUGGGAGACACGGACUGGGUACAGUCUGAGCUUGGCUUGGAUUGUAUUGCCCAUUGAAGCCAUGUCCUUGAGUCUGUUCUCGGAACUCGGGGACUUCCUUGGAGGGACCUGCACAGGAUUCGGCGUCAUUGCACCAGUCACAAGCAUCAGACCAAAUGGCCCUGCCAAGCUCCUCUCUUCGGCGUCCCUCCAAGACAUGACAAAUCGUGCCACCAACACACUCAACCACAUCCACAAGUUGUUCGGCUUCCACAUGGUUGACAACUACGGCUGUGACUACUCCACCAGCGGACUGAGCGACGACUACCUGAAGAGCAAGGUGAAUGCCUUCUUUGAGCGGCGGACGGCAGAUGGGCCACGCUUUGAUACCUACCUGCUGUACUACAGUGGUGAGGUGUAUGAGAACGGAGAUCUAGCACUAGCAGACAACAAGAACCUGAAGCCCGAGACCUUGCUGGAGUGGUGGUCAGCAAAGAAUGAUGGCAGUGGUUCUCGCCUCAUCAUCGUCCUGGACGCUGGCCACUACACCACCUGGACACGCAACGUACGUAACUGUGUCGACGAAUUUGUCGCCAUCCAAACCUGCAAGUACUCAAAACCCACUGACCUUGAGUCCAGCGGACCGAGAGGGGUGGGGAGUUUCACAGAGGACUGGGUCAACUACAAUGUGGGCAAGGACGUUGACCCCAGCUGGACAGACAAGGCCAGACUGACCCAUGCCAUCUACGUCCUGUCCAAAAACUGGACCGACUUCACUUUCCAUCUACCUACCUCGGAAGACUUUGCUCAAUAUUGGGACACCAAUUUCCCCAAAAUCACCAAGCCUUUGAUCAAAGCUGUCAAUCUUCCAAGCUUUGGUGCUAUUUGUUGUAUGUGUACGAGUAUUUUACGUUGUUUGCGUCGUAAACAGAUGAGAUGGCUUCCUCCUAAAGAGAUUGACACAGGCCAUGGGUUUAAACUGGUCAGGACUUAAGUUAUUAUUUGUCUUAGGUACGUAUCACGUAUUGAUGGUUGGCUAACUACUGGUGUAACUUUGUCUACAUUUGUCAUGAAAAUGAUGUACAUUUUGGUUUGAGUCAUGGCCUUUAUGUUGUCUGGCUGUUUUAAGUUAUUCUGUAUAGUUUGUUUGUAUUGAAGUGGCUGUAGUAUUGUCUAGCCUCAUGCAUACUGAUACAUGUUUUAUAUAUAUGCACACACAGGUGCCACGCACAUCACAUGGUAUUAGUUACUGGUUUUAAAUCAAACAGCCAAAUGUCGGGGGUUACUUCAUGUUUGACAAGGUUUUCUAACUUGUGUUUCACAAUUUUAACUUAGCCAUAUCAUCAUUAUUCUAGUUUGUCCUAUUUUGGGGUUAAUGUUGAUAAUUUUAUGAGAUUUUAUAUAUAUUUUUACAUACAAUGUUGCAUAUGACUGAUGCAUAUUCUGUACAUGUGCAAUGUUGCACACAUGCAUAUUCUGCACCUGAUGUGCAAUGUUGCACAUGACUGAUGCCUAUUCUGUACAUGUGCAAUGUUGCACAUGACAUGCCUAUUCUGCACCUGAUGUGCAAUGCAUUGUGACAUGUGCUCAUAAUGUACGAAACUGCACAUGACUGGUGCUAUAUACAUAUGGGUAUACCAAAUGAACAAAGGGAAUAUAGUUUCAAUGUAAAUUAUAAGUCUUGCACAAAUUUCUUCCCCAGUAUCUUGAAA